CACUGUUUAGGCUCUGAACAAGAAGGAACACAGAGGCUGCGACAGCCCGGACCCCGACAGCUCGUACGUCCUCACCCCCCACACCGAGGAAAAGUACAAAAAAAUUAACGAGGAAUUUGAUAAUAUGAUGCGCAAUCAUAAAAUUUCUCCUGGACUACCGCAGCAGAACUUCUCAAUGUCUGUGACUGUCCCAGUGUCCAACCCUUUGCCAUACAGUUCACCAGGGAACACCCUUGUCACCCCUUCACUGGCUGCCAGCACCUCAUUAACAGACACAGGGAUGCUUUCCCCUCCGCAGACAUCGCUACACCGAAAUGUGGUGUCUCCUGGGUUGUCACAGAGACCCUCAAGCACUGGAAAUGCAGGUGUAAUGUUAUGUGCAUCAGACAUCUCUGUGCCAAAUGGAGCUGGUGCCAGUCCAGUAGGUAAUGGGUUUGUUAACCCGAGGGCUUCUCCCAGCCUGCUUGGCCCAGCAGGUGGAAAUGCCUGGGAAAAGUGAUGCCCACCAAAUCCCCUCCCCCUCCGGGGGGCAACCUUGGCAUGAACAGCCGAAAGCCCGACUUGCGUGUAGUCAUACCUCCCUCCAGUAAAGGAAUGAUGCCUCCUUUGACAGAGGAAGAUGAAUUAGACUUGAAUACACAGAGGAUAAGCAGCUCCCAGUCUACACAGCCUCUUGCAACUCCAGUUGUCUCUGUAACGACACCUAGUCUGGCCACACAGGGUCUGGUCUACUCCGCCAUGCCUACUGCCUACAAUACUGAUUAUCCUCUUACCAGUGCGGACCUUUCUGUUCUACAAGGGUUUAACUCGCCAGGAAUGCUGCCCAUUGGACAGGUGUCUGCCUGGCAGCAGCAUCACUUAGGACAAGCAGCCCUCAGCUCCCUUGUAGCUGGCGGGCAGCUAUCUCAGGGUUCAAACUUAUCCAUCAAUACCAACCAAAACAUACACAUCAAGUCGGAGCCGAUCUCUCCUCCACGCGACAGGGUGACCUCCACCGGCUUUCCUCCGCAACAGCACCAUCAACCCCAGGCUUGUCCAGAAAUGGGGAGAUCGCCCGUGGACAGCCUCAGUAGCUCCAGCAGCUCCUAUGACGGGAGCGAUCGAGAGGAUGUUCGCAACGAUUUCCAUUUCUCCCGUCAGCAUGGGAAGGAAUCCCAACACGGAAGACAGGGACAGCCCCUCCAUGAAACGAAUGAGGAUGGAUGCCUGGGUGACAUA